UUGCGUAGCUUUAACAAACCGGAACUAUGGAAGUAUUGGAACUUCGAGCCGCCCAUCUCAGCAAUUUUGAGGUUCUUACGUUCCUUUCCGAACUGGAUGUUCAAAAACUUGAAGAACCACCAGCCUUUGGCGGAAUAGGAGACUCUGACAAAUCUUUGAUGGAUUUGCACACUAUUGAACAAGAGGUUAUCAAGUAUCUGAAGAGCACACCUUGCGUUGCCCAAAGCAGCACUCAAGUGCAACAAUUUAAGGAAGCCCUUCAACGGUACGACAUUACCAAAGCUGAGAAACUCAUGCUAUUGAAUAUUAGACCCAGAAGCAUUGCAGAGUUGAAUCCAUUAAUUGAGGACAUCGACGACCGUCUCAGCCAAGAUCAGCAAGAAGACCUUGUAGGUCUUAUACAGCAACUGCUGCCGUAUGAAGAGCCUCUGUUGGAUGCUGCAGAUGAGGGAGAGGCUACCCCCGCAGACCCGAUGGACACAGAGAACGCGACCGCCUAGGCGUUUGCGGGAUCAUCGUGCGUCAAGAGAUGUCGUUCUCUGUGUAUCUAUCUGUAUAUAGCAGUAUUAUAAUUUAUUUACGUAUCGAGGCACCAGA